CCUGAAACCAGUCAGUCCUCAACAUCGUUGACCUGCACAACGACAAGAUGAGAUUGCCGACGCUGGUAGCUGGCCUGAUUGGCCUCAUGGCCACCAAUGUUGCCGCUACAGCAUUGACCUACAAGCUGACCGCCAACGAACUGGCCUGCUUCUAUGCCUCCACGAAGAACGAAAACGAGAAGAUUGCCUUUUACUUUGCUGUUCAAUCCGGUGGUUCGUUCGAUGUCGAUUACUCUGUCGAGGGACCUGGUGGAAAGAUCAUCCUUCAGGGCGAAAAGGAGCGACAGGGCGACUUUGUCUUCACCGCGCAGGUAGUUGGUGACUACAAGUUCUGCUUCGACAACGAUAUGAGCACAUAUACUGAUAAAUUUGUCGAUUUCGAAAUUGCUGUCGAAAACGAGUCUCGAACCGCCCAGCUCCCCUCUAAGCAGGGUUCAUCGCCAGAGCAGACAUCCGUUCUCGAGGAAUCCAUCUACAAGAUCUCCGGCCAGCUUUCCACCAUUUCCCGAAACCAAAAGUACUUUAGGACGCGGGAGAACCGCAACUUCAGCACCGUGUCCAGCACAGAGAAGCGCAUUGUCAACUUUAGCAUGAUCCAGAUUGCUCUGAUUGUCUGCAUGGGAGCACUGCAGGUGUUUGUUGUCCGGUUCUUCUUCCAGGGUGCUCGCAAGGGUUACGUUUAAGCGAAUAGUGUUCUUUAUUAUGCAACUGUACGGAGGGACAGUCUGGACGGCAAGCAACAGGCUACAGGUUGACAUGAGGACGGAUGGUAUGGAUGGAUAUGAGCAUUUCUAUGUGCAGGGAUAGCUCGGCCAGCGUGGCCAGAAGUUUACGGCGAUGGGCGUGUUUUGUAGCCUGAAAAUGGCUGGUGAAGAGCGUCAUGGG